AUGUACCCAUUAUGUAAAAGAACUGACAUGGAAUUGGAAGUCAGAAACCGCGUACUGAAUGAGGAUGUUGCUUUGGUAAUCAUAGAGCGUUUAGCGGAUAAAUGCUUUGUUAAUGAUCCACGUGUUCACUGGACAAAUUUGGCGGCCUUGAAUAGAGUGUUCAAUCGUGCGGUCCAUCGUCUCCUGUCGAGGACAUAUAAGAUUGCGCUUGCAGACGAAUAUGGUGAUGUGCGGGUGAUUAUCUUCUGCGACGCUGGCUCUGAUAAGUUUCACACAUCGACAACAAGGGGUUCUAGUGUUCAUCCUCUGAUAAGCAGCAUCUCUUUCAAGAAGAAAGAACAAGCUGCAGCCUUUGUGAGGUUUCUAACCUCGAACGUUCGCAGAUCGGUCAUUCUAGACCUCGAAGAUUAUUGUUUUCAUUCCGAUGAUGAUCCUGCCGUUGGGGCUUUGUCUCAUUUUUCUAAAAUUGAUACAAUUACCUUUCGUGAUCAACAGUGUCGCUGUCCAGUGUGUUCCGUGCUAACUGACCAUAGCAGUGGACCUCGAGUGGAAAUUUUUCCGUCAGAAGUGGAGCCAAUCACUGACAAUGAAAGCUCAAACGGCUAUGAAUUUCAUUUUGAACAAUCGGACGAGGACGAUUACGAUGACCUUUAUUUUUCAGAUCUACGGGAUGUUGACGACUACUGAUCAUUUGAAGGAUUUGAUCUCUUGCUUGAAGUGUGGACUGUUGUAUGAUUUCGUUUUUCCGUAACAUCAUGGAUCGACUUGGCACAUAUCAUCUCAAUUUCAUCACAUAUCAUUGGUGCUCGAAAUGCAUAUCACAAAGUAAUAAAAUUGCUUAC